CGGUCUCCAUGCAAUUGAUCCAAGACGGGACUUGAUAGAAUCAUUGCAAGUGCUUGGAGUGGGAAUUGCAUCUUCUAUCUACUUUCUGCACACAUUUUAUUUCAUCUUGUUUCCAUUGAGAACCCCCCCCCUUUGGCUAACGGUUCUUCCCGCAAUGGACACAGUGGACUCGGGGAGCACAUCGGAGAUCGAUGACCAGUCCAAGACUUGGGGAUCGGAUGCUCGUACCAUCGUCUCGCAAGGAGCUGAUGAUGCGAGCAGUGCUCAUCCGCAUAGUGACUGCGGCAUUGGCCAUCGUGUGUUGGCCAGCCGCUCCGUUUUGGCAUUGGUCAUUGACGAGGAGUGCGUCUUUGCGGGUUUGCAAGGCGGAGAUAUUGUGGCCUGGUCUUUGGAGACUUAUGAUUUGAUUCUCUCGGUGCAUGCUCACGAAGAAAGUGUGCUGGGUCUUUAUCUUUCUGAUGACGGCAAUCUUCUUUUCUCCAGUGGUGGUGACUCUGUAGUGAACGUCUGGUCUACAAGAACCUUUGAGCGCCUUUACUCUAUCUACUCCCACCAUGACGUGGGUGAUAUUUUCUCCGUGGUCUAUUCUUCAAGCAACCAAACUAUCUACUGCGGUGCUCAGAACACCAGUAUUCAAUGGUGCAACUUGUCAGAGGAAGGCUCGCUGAACCAAACCUCCGCUGCUCAUCCUUCUAAGCGGACUCAUCGCUUUUUCGACUCGCGUGGUCCAGACGGAACCCGUGCUCCACGCUCAUCAGACGGCGCCAACGCCGUUUCAGAAGGUGGUCGCGUGCUCACUUUCAAGCGCGAUCACCACAAGCUUUUCGCCCACCAUGGCUACGUCUACUCGAUGCUUCUAGUCAAAGGUCUCAUUGAAUCUGCACCUUCUGAGGAGGCCUUGUUGACUGGUGCCGGAGAUGGUGUCGUCAAGUUGUGGCGUCUGGGCCAGGAGCCCGGCUCCGCGCCAACGCAGAUUGCUAAAUUGCAGAACGGCGACUCGGUGCUUUCGAUUGCCGUCGAGGGAUCGCUGCUCUACUGUGGUCUGGCAGGUGGCGCUCUCAAUAUUUGGAAUCUCGACUCUCAACAGCUUGUGAAGCGGAUCGCCAGGCAUACUGGUGAUCUGUGGGCUGUGCACGUUAUCCAGGGCGUUGCGAUCUGUGGUGACUCAACGGGAACAGUCAAGAAAUUCAACUCUCGGUUUGAAGAAGUUGGUGGCUGGACCGCCCACCAGGGGACCAUGCUUGCCUCUGCAGUUGGCCGGGUCAAGGACCGUCAGAUCUAUGCCACCGGUGGAAACGACAACAGUGUCGGGAUUUGGGACUUGACGGAAUUCUUCCUCGCCCAGGAAGAGCUACCGCCCAUUAGCAAUGAUGAAAUGGUGAACAGUCUUGCCAAAUUCGUCUCAUUCAAGACCAUCUCUGCAAGCCCAAAGUUCACAGGAGAAUGCAAUCAAGGUGCAGCAUUCCUCCGUCGGCACUGCAACUAUCUCGGCGCCAAGACAAAGUUGUUGACGACCGGUGAAGACACGAACCCCAUUGUCUUUGCUCGGUUCAACGCGACAUCAACCGAGAAGGUUGAUAAGACAAUUCUCUUCUAUGGGCAUUACGAUGUUGUUGGGGCUGACACGAACCGUCCAAAAUGGAACUCGGACCCCUACCAACUCACUUCGAUCAACGGUUUCCUUUACGGUCGUGGUGUGUCGGAUAACAAGGGUCCCAUUUUGGCAUCUCUGUAUGCUGCAGCCGAUCUUGCCCGCACCAAGUCUCUCCGCUGCAACGUCGUAUUCCUCAUCGAGGGUGAAGAAGAGUCUGGCUCGCAGGGCUUCCACCAGACAGUGCGGGAACACAAGGCCCAGAUCGGACCCGUGGACUGGAUUCUGCUGGCUAACAGUUACUGGCUGGACGAUUACAAUCCCUGCCUUACUUAUGGACUACGCGGUGUGGUACAUGCCAAUCUAGUCGUGACGAGUGACCACCCUGAUCUUCACAGUGGUAUCGACGGCAGUGCCUUGCUCGACGAGCCUGUCAAGGAUCUUUCAAUCCUCGUUUCGACCUUGGUCGGGCGCAAGGGCAAAAUCAACCUCCCUGGCUUCCACGACCCGGUUCGGCCCUUGACCGAGGCCGAGCAGAAACGCUUUGAGGCCAUCUCCGAUGUUCUGCUCCCCCAGCACCCCGAGAUCCCCGACAGCCAAGCUUUGAUCAAAUCGCUCAUGUACCGCUGGCGUGAGCCUUCCCUCACGGUGCACUCGAUGGAAGUCCCCGGUAGCAAGAGCGGCACCACGACCAUCGCCCGUAAAGCCAAAGCGAGCCUGUCAAUCCGUAUCGUGCCCGACCAACAAGCAGAUGAGGUCGCCGCCAACCUGACAGCCUUUGCGCAAGAGCAAUUCGACCUUCUCGACUCGCAGAACGAACUUACCGUUGAGAUCACUGGCAAGUCUGACGCCUGGCUAGGAGACCCAGACAACGAGAUCUUUGCCACGCUCUCCGAAGCUAUCACCGCCGCUUGGACACCCGAUCAGCAAACAUCGAAACACCAGUACCCCGUCCCGAAACUGACUCCCGGCCGCGCAACCCCAAACCCCAAACCCACCGGCCCAGCAAGUCAACUUCUCCGCAAGGACUCCUCCGACAGCCUCGCCUCGCAUGUCGACCGUGUAAUUACAUCGACUACAACUUCCUCCGGCAAAGCCGCCGCUCGCAAGCGCUCAACGCAAGGCACAGCCCCAGUUCCCACAUCCAACACCCUCGCCAAAUCGGCCUCCACUCCCUCCCUUGAUUCCAGCUCACUUCCAAUCCGAGCCAAGUCAGACUCGGAAACCGAGUCAGACUCACCCUCUCCAUCGCCCUCAGCCACCAAACAAGAAACCCAAGCUACGUCUACGUCCUCAGCUGCCACCACCGUGAAACCCAUCUUCAUCCGCGAGGGUGGCUCUAUCCCAACCAUCCGAUUCCUGGAGAAAGAGUUCUCAGCGCCAGCGGCAAAUCUGCCCUGUGGACAGGCUAGCGAUAACGCGCAUUUGGAUAAUGAGCGCAUGCGUGUGGAGAAUUUGUACAAGAGUCGGGAGAUUUUCCGGUAUGUUUUCGCGCAUUUGGUUGAUAAGACAUGAUCUUCAUACAGAAGAGAGGGGUAAUAAGCACUGAGGAGAGACAAAAUGAAACUCAAUAGGGAUCUGUUUUGGCAUUUGCGUGGUGCUCGGGUAUUUUUUGUGCUUUGUUUCGUGUUUCGUGCUUGGCUUUGGACUUGCAUGUCCCUUGUGUAAAGUAUCGCUUAUUGAAUUGCAUACAUUUGAUAUAUCUCCGUUAAGA